UUCACUUUUCUCAUCUCCAAUGGCCUCCUCCACUGUUACUCUUAUCAUUUGAAUUUCAAAUUUAAAUGUCUUUGUUUUCUCUCAAUAGUUCAGUGGAAGACAUACACUGCAUAAUUGUUAAAGAUUAGUGGUUUGGGAACAGACAUGGGAGACUCAGCUUGUCUCAUGCAACCAUUUUCUUACACUGCAGGCCUUCCCCAUGAUUCCAAGGAGGGAAACCAUGGUCUUGGACAGUCGAUAUCAUUCGGGAGAUUCAUGUCGGAAUCUCUGUCUUGGGAGAAGUGGUCGGCGUUUUCUCAUAACAAAUAUGUUGAAGAAGCCGAGAGAUAUGCGAGGCCUGGUUCAGUGGCUCAAAAGAAAGCAUUUUUUGAAGCUCAUUACAAGACCCUUGCUGCUAGGAAAGCAGCCGCCAUGCUCGAACAAGCCAAAAAUGCUGCUGAAACUGAGGCCGUUCGCCAAGAAAACAAGCCCUCAAGUGCAGAAAGUGGCUUCGUUUAUGAAUGUAAAGAGAAUAAUUCAGAAUUUGUGAAGAGUGGGAGCAGAAAUAUGGGUGUAGGAGCUGAUUCAGUUGAUGAACCCCAGGUUCUUUUGGAGAAUAAUAUGAAAAAUGAAACUUUUGAAAAGAAUGGGGUUGUUUUUAAGGGUGAAAUUAGAGAUUUGGAGGUUAAAGAAACAACCCAAGUGAAGAACAAUUGUGUUCAAGUUAACCAGACAAAACUGCCUGAAUAUGAUAAAGAACUGGAGCUCAGUGAAGGGACUCAAAUGAAGAAGCCUCUACUUGAGAAUACUGUUAUGCAGAGUGGCAAAACAAAUGAAGAUGAACCUGAGGUAACAAGCAAGAAGAAACCUUCAUAUUCUUCCUCAAAGGUGUCAGCUGGUGAAUAUAAUACAGAAUUGGAGCUCAGUGAAGGAACUCAAAUGGAGAAACCUCUAAUCAAGCAUGGCAAAACAAAUCAAGAUGAAUUUGAGGUAACAAGCAAGAGGAAACCUUCACAUUGUUCCUCAAAGGUGUCAGGUAAUGCGAGGACAUCCAAGGUUCCAUCUUCACCUUCGAAAUUCAAAGCUCCGCUUCGUCCCAACAAUGGAAACAAUCUCACUCCAAGGGCCAAGAAGCCUGCAAUUGGUAUAUCUGAAAGAAAGAGAUCAACACCAAAACCGAGCCACAAGUCUAUUAACUUCACCCCUGCAAAAGAACUCAGUAAAUUAACUGGUCCAAGAACUGACUCAAACUGUAAAGCAUCUAAAGAAUUCCCAACACCUUUAAGGACUCCAAACAAGGCUUCUGUAAGUGGAAAACUGAAACAAUCCUCAGCCACCCCUUGGUCCGAAAACCGAAGUGCUAGAACACCAGUUGAUUCCUCAGCCAGUGUCAGCAAAACAGCACGCGGAAAAUGGAGCUUUCUUCCUACAGAAAGAAGGAUUUUGAGUGGUUCCAGAAACAAAUCACAGUCACCUGGUAUAUUUGCAUCUUUCAGUUUGAGAACUGAAGAAAGAGCUGCUAGAAGAAAACAGAGGCUCGAAGAAAAAUUCAAUGUUAUUCAGGAACAAAAAGUACAGCAGCAAACAACACUCGAGGAAAAAGCAGUGACCGAACUCAAGAAACUACGACAAAGCUUCUGCUUCAAGGCAAGACCAUUGCCAGAUUUUUAUAAAGAUAUAAAACCCAAAGAUCAGAUUCAAAAGAAACUGGAAUCACCUUCCAUAGGAAGAAAAUCCACUCCCAGCAAACACUCUCUUCCUCAUUGGAAGUCUUCGAUUAAGAACACUUGCUUCAUUCAUAAGAAAGACCGAAUGUCAGCUCGUUCUCUUGCUUCACAGAUUGCGACGACUGCUGAUGAGAAUGCAUCAUCAAACAUCCAGCAUGCAUAAGGCUUUACACAACAUUGUAAAAUUCCGCAUGUUAGUUGUAUGAAUCCCAAAAUAUUACUCAAUUCUAAUGCAGGAUGCCUAGAAUUGGAUGAAAUGGAGAGGCUGUAAAACAAAAUAAUCCCUUCCAUAUCGUAGCCAAUUCAUAUCUGUGUGCAGCAUUUCUUUCUGUAAUUAGUAGAGUACUAUUUAACAACAUUUUGUCAAAAACUUCUUGUUCCCUGAAAUAUGUUUUGGAGCA